AUGCAACUGACACAAUUCAAUUCACUUAAUUGUGAUAUUAAUACAAUUUCAACAUCUAAUUUGUGUUUAUAUACACCAAAUACUUCUCCAGUCAAUUCAAUUUGGUCAUGUACAAAUGAUUACAAUCCUAAUCGAUGUACAUUAUCAAAUCGUGUCUAUCAUUUACAAGGCAGCAAUUUAAAUGAAAUUCAUUUAAUUAAUGAAUUACGUAAUUUAAAUAAUCGUUUAGAAUGUAUAGAAUUACAAUUUACAAAAUUAUUUAAAUUAAUAGAAUCUAAGCAAUUUUUAUAAAUCACAACAACAACAACAACAACAAAAUUCCAAUUUCGUCAGUUUUAUUUAUAUUUUCGUCUUUAUUAUUAUUUUUGUUUGUUUGUUUCCAGAUUUUGUCUAUGUUUCACUAGCCAUAGCAACAACCUUGAAAAAAACACAAAAAAAGAUUAUUUACUUAGCAUAAUAUGAACUAGAGAAAGAAAAAAAAACGAUUCAUCAUAACAAAUAUCAUUCAGGUUCAUAUAAAUGAAUAGUCUUAUUAGAUUUUCAAUAGUUUGUUAUGUAAUGACUAUGACUACAUAUCAAUAUAAUCUAAAGUGAAUUCAAAUAGAAGUUAUAUACGAUCAGGAAAUUAUUUUAAUGACUUUAUUGAUUAAUUUAUAUCCCAAUAUGUUAUAUGAAUUGAAUCGGUUCGUUUUUGUUGUUGGGGGGGAGUUUGUUUUAAUGAUUCAGAUAAUCAGUAUAUUUCAUUGAUAAAUAAUAAAUAACAAAAUCUACAUAUAAGCAAUAUUAUACUGUAUUAUGUUAGAUAUUAGAAUAAAAGUUAAUAUAUAUUGAUCAUUUAUGAUGUAAUUGUAUAUACCUUUUUAGUCGCUAAAUGAUUUCAUAAUAUUUGCAUGAUUUAAAAUAAUUACCAUGGAUAAAUAUAUUAUUUUUCUCUUCUUUUUUUCCUAAAAAAAAUCUUUGAAACAUCACAAAUGAUUCACAUUUUUAUGUUAAUUUAUAAUUAAUAGUCAUGUACAUCUAGUUUUC